AUGGCUUUAGGAGCUUUAUAUUUCCCUCCCUGCCUGGCUCGCUUCACCGAAUCACUUCCCAUCUUCAAGUUCAAGGCCAAAAAAGAGGUGGGCAAUUCCUCAUUUGAGCUCUCAUGCCGUCUCCCAAGAAAGAUAGGAAAAUUGAAGAAAAACUUAAGCUUGGUUUCAGUCGAGCCUAAAGCCCCAGACUCUGGCUGGUGGGAUACUUUCUUCAACCCAAGACUUGGGGAAUAUACAGACAUAGAAACACAUAGUCGGGCUUUGCUUGUUGUCUUAGACUUUGAAGUCGCAAUUCACCUCUGGAAGGUUGACAAGUUUGACUUUGUUGUCUGCAUGAGUGCCUAUAUCAACGUCGUUUUUGGCAGUGUUGAAAUUGGACUAGUCUUCGCAGUUGCAAUAUCUGUGAUCAGGGUACUUUUGUUUGUGGCAAGGCCAAGAACUUUUGUUCGAGGAAACAUUCCGAAUUCCAUGGUUUACAGAAAUGUUGAGCAGUAUCCCAAUGCAAGCAAUGUUCCUGGAAUUCUCAUACUUGAGAUUGAUGCUCCCAUUUACUUUGCAAAUACCAACUACUUAAGAGAAAGGCACACAGAAAUCAAGGGAAAAACACUGUCAUCAAACGCCAUAGAAAGAAAUACCAGUUUCAAGAAAAUAAAUAGUGAUGCAGGAGCUCGCGAGAGUGACUAUGCUGUCAGUGAGUUUGUUCGUGUGGACUUUGGGAAUGAUGCAACAACUACUCACAGAAGAUCUAAGGUUUCUAAUUCAACAUUCCAUCUCAACCAGCUGCAAUGGCACCACAGUCAAUAUGAUUCAAAUGUAAUUUUCCAAGAGGAAGCUUGGUUUGACUCGGUGAGUAUUCUGGAGUCUGACUCGGAUGAUGACUUUAUCAGUAUACAUGGAGAUGGUUUUCCAUUAGCAAGCAAUCCAGUGGGGAAUAUCUCAUGUGGCCAAGUACUUCAGCAUGAAAGAUCUGCUCGCUUUGUUGAUAAUGGGUGUAAGUAUGAAGAAUACCAAAGCUAUAUGAAAAUUGAUGGAGGUAAAUCAGAUAAAAUCACAGGCAGGGAUGAGCGCAGGGAAUCAAAUCGGUUUUCGCUUAUUAAUACCCAGGGCUAUGAGCUUUCUCACUUAGGGAAGACCAAUGAAGUUUGCAGUAAGAGGAAGAAUAUAUUAGAUCACUCUUAUGGCAGCUUUAAAGGACUUACAGAGGAUGGACGUGACUCUAAUGAAAAAAUUCAAGACAAUGCCCUGAAAUCCGGCUUGACUCGAUUGGUACCUUCUGUAAGUUUCAACGAUAAGAUUCUAAGUGCACAGAGUUUGGUUCCGCAGUCCCAAAGAAAGCCAUCAGCCGUUUUCAGACUUUCUUUUAAAAGGAGAUCCUGUGAUGCAGAAGAAACCAUUGAACAAUGUCAAUCAAAAAGGUUUCUGUAUCGGCCUAGACCAGGAUAUAUCAUUCCAUGUUGUAGAGUAGAGAAGCCGACUUCAGGAUCUUGGUCUGAGAUUCCACCCUCAACUUUUAAAUUUCGUGGCGAGAACUAUUUCAAGUAUGACUUUGAAGUCAACUACUCCGAAUACAGUCCAUAUACUCCAAUAGGCUUUGAUGUGUCUGUAUGCCCCAAAAAGAUACAUCACAUUGCCCAGCAUCCUGAGCUUCCCAAAGUGAAAGCAAAUGGGAAAUUGUUCAUUGUAAACGUACAGUUGCCUACUUAUCCUGCUGCAAUGUUUCUUGGUGAUAGUGAUGGAAUGGGGAUGAGUCUUGUAAUGUAUUUCAAAGUUUCUGAGAAUUUUGAUAAAGACAUCUCUCCUCAAUUCCAGGACAGCAUCAAGAAAAUGGUUGACGAUGAGACGGAAAAAGUUAAAGGAUUCGCAAAGGACUCCACUGUACCUUUUAGAGAAAGACUAAAGAUCUUGGCUGGGGUGGUAAAUCCUGAAGAUCUCGGUCGGAGUUCUGCUGAGAAGAAGCUUGUACAUGCAUAUAAUGACAAGCCAGUUCUUUCACGCCCCCAGCACAAUUUUUACAAGGGUCCUAACUACUUUGAGAUUGAUCUGGACAUUCAUCGCUUCAGCUACAUAUCAACGAAGGGUCUCAAAUUGUUGUGAACGGAAUAGCCGAGCGGCUAUACUCGUAAAAUAUUCUAUUUAUGGCAGGUAGCCACUCUAAAAUAUUCUUUUUAUGGAGUAUAGUCGCGCGGCCAUACUUUUAAAAUAUUAUUUUUACGGAGUAUAGCCGUGCGGCGAUACUCUCUUUUAAAAUAGAGAACUUAUGGAGUAUAGCGGGCUAUACUCUCUUUUUAAAUAUUCUGUUUAUGGCUUA